UCCAUYGGGGAAUACAGCGACGAUGGGUGAUGAUGUUGACGUACAUUUAGCUCAGUAUUGGAAGACAUUUACCCAACUGAAAAAGGUUUUACUGAAGAAUGUUUCAGUACUGAGUGUCAUUAUGUUUCUACUAAUUUUUCAAGUCAUUUCUGUGGAGUUUUUUGUUGAAGAGCAGUUGCCAAGUGCAUGCAAUUACACGCAUCGUUGUCCUUAUAAAUUGCCGGUUAUGAAUGGCAACAAGACAAAAGCCUUGCAAWUAAACCCAAAUUUUCUGAUKGAUUUUGAACGAUACAAGUCAUCCCUUGUCACAGCCCAUUUUGUUUCAAUGGGCAUUGGUAUUUUAUCCCUUGGCUUUUUGGCAGACAGAUUUGGMAGGAAAAUAGUCUUGUUUGGAUCAUUAGUACUGGUGUUUGUUAGCAGUUUGUUAAGUUCCUUUUUURUACUGUCAAUUAAGACUUUUAUUUYAAUGAGAGUAUUUGCAGCUUUUGGAUCAGGCGGUGCUCUAUUAGCAAUGUUUGUCCUAGCAGCAGAAUAUGCAAACACACCUAUUCGCCCCCAGAUUUUAAUCGCUCUGUGGCUGGCAGGAGUUCUGUCUGUUAUUUCAUUUGUUGGUCUUGCUUAUGCUAUAUCAAGCAGGAAGAUUCUUCUGAUAUUGAUAUCAUUCCCUUUGAUCAAAGGGAUUUUAUUUUAUCGAAUAAUACCAGAGUCUCCUMGAUGGCUUCUACUUCAAACUGGUAGAAAGGUGUCAAGUCGUCAUGAUAAUAUUCAAGAUAAUGAAUCAAAGACUUUGCUGCAUGCGUUUACAAGUGAGGAGGUCUCACAUCUAUCCAAGAGGUCUGCAUGCUGUUAUGGAUAUAAUAAAAAGUGCAUCAAUUUUUUUCGAAACAAGAAACAAUGUCUUAAUUUGGUUGUUGUUGGASUGUCAUGGUUUGCAGUUGGUAUGUCAUACAGGGGCUUCAAUACCUCGUAUAUACAGUUACUAAACAACUAUUAUGCCAACUAUGUAGURAGAGAGUUGGUCAGCUUGUUGGCUUUUGCCUUCAGUGUUUUWUUUGCCACUUGUACUGGUCGUCGCAUCACUACAGUCCUAUCAAUGGUCUUGUGUGGUAUUAUAUGUCUUUUGUUCUCGUUUGGUUCACAUGGGUUCUUCCUUUCAGAACAAGGCGCAAUCAAGAUUGUAGUCCAGUUUGUUGGACGGAUGUUCUUCAUUGUGUCAAUAACUUCAUUAUCACUGUAUUCCACUGAGUUAUUCCCAACUGUUAUCAGGUGUUCAGCCCUCGGUAUAGUGGUUUGCAGCAGCUUUCUAGGUGCAUCAACAACCCCCCUGAUCAUGAAACACCAAACAACUAACCCAAUGAUGCCUCUAGCAAUASUUGGCUCUGUAUUAAUUCUCGUUGCUAUUUCCMUCCGUAUUUUCCUACCCGAAACUAAAGGAGCCCUUACAGCAGAAGGCCUGGAAGAUACAGAAGUAGGGAGAAGGAUGCCKUUGAGUGAAAAAUGGAKGCCAAGGGUCGCCAUAAGGAAGAARGAURAUGUUGAUGGUUCCAGSCAAGAGAGAAUGCAGCAUCGGUCUUAUAGUGACCCUGUAGGUAUAGAAGAAGAGGACGGACAAUUUAAGGACUUAGGGAAAAGUUGGGAUGUCUCAUUYGAUAGGGCAUCUUGCACAUCGAAAUGGGAGUGGCUGUCAUAUGAUGAUGCUAGAAGAAAGCUUCCAUCCUUGGAUCUUGAGGACAGUCUGCAAGACGUAUCAGAGCUGUUAGAUGACUCAGAUCUCGUAAAGCUACAYGACUAUGUUCCUGGCAAUUCUUGGAUUUUACUAUACAGUACCUAUGAGCAUGGUACUAGUUUAAAGACACUGUACCACAGACUACAGGAAAUAGAAACACCUGUACUGAUUGCAAUCAAAGACCAUCAAGACUACGUUUUUGGAGUGUUUUCCUCGAUACCACCACAUGUACAAAAAGGGUUUUUUGGCAUUGGAAAGUCAUUUUUCUUCAAAUGUAAACCUGGAUUUAAGCUUUAUCCAAACAGUGGUCAGAAUGAAUACUAUCUGUACUGUGAAGGUGACAGUUUGGCAUUUGGAUGCAGYCAAGGGACGUUUGGCCUCUGGCUUGAUGGUGACCUGUACAGAGGACGAAGUACACCAUGUACAACUUUCAACAGUGAUGUGUUAUCAUCUAGCGAAGACUUCUWUUUGAUCGGUCUUGAGGUCUGGACAUUUGCUUGAACGAUUCACAUCACAAGAUACGACAAGCUUCAAUCUUCAUCGCAURAUGGAUACCUUGAGUGAAAACUCCCACAAUGACUGGAAUUGCUUGUAGCACCAAUGCUGCGCAUGCAAGAUUAUAUUAUGUCUUAUAGUAAAGAGGGAACAAAUUCAAUAUUAYUCCAUGGUAAUUUCAUAAUUUAUGAAAGCAUCUCAUCAACAUGACAACGGACUAUUAAAAAACAUGAUAAUAAGAAAGACAGCAUUUAUAACGGUUAGUUCUUCCUAAAUGUGUAUAGUCUCGAAGGUGURUAACAAUUUCUUAAUUUUKUCAAAAUGCGUGCUCAUUUUGGAUUAGCUAAUGACCACCAACCAAUAUUAUUCAUUUCUUUACUCUGACGUCACGAAUCAUGCAACAAUUUUCAUGAUAUUUGUACACAGACGUCACAGGCUUUGUAAAGAGCGAAAAAAUGAGUUGGAUAGAUCGUAUUUUKUGAUAUUGCUGAAUUUUGUUGUUGUGUUUUUUUGCAUAUGAAGAGUUACUCAGCAAACGUGCUCAGUUUCACCAAAAUAUUUWGGAUGGUCUUAAUCUUUAUUUUGUCUUCAAGAAAUCUAUGAAUAAUUAAUAAAKAGGAAUAAAAUAAUAUUAAUUUAUUGUAAAGACAAAAAAUGAUAAUAAUAAUUUAUUUAUUGAAAAAAUAAAUGAUAUUUUAUAAGGAUAGUC